AUGGCCAAUCAGAACAACCAGCGGGUUCAAGCUCCUGUUCAGACUCUCAGCAUCCAGAUUGCACUUAGAUCGUUUUCCAAUUUUCAGCUCAGCAGAUUAGUAGUGGUCCUAGUCCGCGUCUCAGGGGUAGCUCAGGGCGUGACAGGAACAAGGAUUGACAACACUUUCUACAAGAAGAUUGUGGGAAGUUUGAUGUAUUUGACAGUGACUAGACCUGAUAUAAUGUACUCUGUAAGUCUAAUAAGCAGGUACCUGGAAAAUUCAAAAGAGACUCACUUGUUGGCUGCUAAAAGAAUUCUCAGGUAUUUACAAGGUACGAAUGAUCUUGGCAUUUUGUACAGAAAAAGAGGAAAAUCAAAUUUAAUUGGUUUCACAAAUAGUAACUUUGCUGGAGAUAAAGAUGAUAGGAAAAGCACGUCUGGUUAUGUUUUUAUGUUUGGAUCAGGUGCUAUUUCAUUGUGUUCCAAGAAGCAACCAACUAUUACAUUGUCAACUACAGAAGCAGAAUUUAUGGCAGCAACUGUGUGCGCCACUCAAGCAAUUUGA